GUAGACAAAGGUGAAGCCCUGAACAUCAACAAAUUGCAGACAGUCAAUGAUAUCCACAAUCCAGCCGCCUUCUUAUUCCAGCCUACCAGUUUUCACCCACAGAUCAAAUGGUUCCAGAGGGCUGAGCUGGUCACGGUCUACAUAAAGCUCAUCAGUCCAGUGAUGCAGAAGUGUGAAUUCCACUCAGACGCAGUCGUUUACAGUGGGUACGUGAAUGACCGGCAUUACUACGCAAAGCUUGAGCUGUCCGGUGACAUCCUCGCUGAGGAGUCCUCGUGGGAAAUGAGAUGCAAUGAGCCUGUGAUCAAACUGAAGAAAAAGGAAAAGCGGGACUGGAGUACACUCCUCAAACACAAGAGCCCAUUUGUCAGCUAUGAAUUUGACUACAUUGAUGAGACUCGUGUUUCUUCUGUAAACGGGCACUUGUUCCUGGCUGAGGUGGGAGAGGAGGGCUGUUACGUCAGCUCUGAGAGCGACAGUGACUGAAGACAACCGAUCCCAAAUACUGAACUCUUGUACAGUACAUUCAUUAGCUGAAAUACAGAUCCAUUUCAUUGUCCAAUUACCCAAUAAUA